AUGAAUUAUCUGCUAGCAUGUCAGCAAUACAUCAACGAAAUGAUCCGGCUAGCCGGCCCUGGCAUGAAGGUGUUACUUAUGGACAAGGAGACGGUUUGUUUAUUUUUAUCUUUUUGUCCAGAUUUUAGAUGUAAAAUGAUAUAUAAUCCUUGUUUAAGACUAGUCUAGUCUCUUGCUCUUUUGCUCAAACAGAAAUGAUGCAGAAAGAGGUGUAUUUAUUUGAACGAAUCGAUGCCAACUCUCUCCGGGAACCGAUUAGAUAUUUGAAAUGUAUAGUUUUUGUUCGGCCAACUCCGGAAAAUAUCCAGCUUUUGGUAGAAGAGUUAAGAUCUCCGAAAUAUGUGCAGUAUUAUAUUUGUGAGUGUUUAUUACAGUUUUAAAACUAUUACGUUCCAGUUUACUUUAUUCACAUCGAUGUUUUUAGAUUUUUCCAAUAUUAUCUCUAAAGCUGAUGUCAAACUAAUUGCUGAAGCAGAUGAACACGAAACGGUAAGCACAAUUCAUUACGCUUAUUUGAUUUUUAGGUUAGAGAGAUACAAGAAUUCUAUGCAGAUAUGAUUCCUCUCGCACCUCACCUUGGUGUACUUGGUAUUCGCGAUUGUUAUGAGAACGCAUUCAAUCUAUCCACGAUAUUGUUCCGACGUUGCCUUCACGGCUUGGCUAGUUUGAUGCUAUCGUUUAGAACUAAGCCUUCGAUCAGAUACCAAAGAACGUCUCGAGAUGCCCAGAGACUUGGGGAAGAGCUGAGUAAGCUGAUUGUGAGAGAAGAUGGUCUUUUCGAGGGAUGCACAGAGAAUACAACUUUGUUGAUUAUUGAUAGGUCGGAAGAUCCAAUAACUCCUCUUCUUAAUCAAUGGACUUACGAAGCCAUGGUCCAUGAGUUGAUUGGAAUAACCAACAACAGAGUUGUCAUGCAAUCCAACGAUGAAGGUCCCAAAAACCUUGUUUUAAGCGCUCAACAUGAUGAGUUCUACGCCAAGGUAACGUUUCUAUAAAGUAACGCCUAACAUUUUUUAGAAUAAAUACAUGAACUUUGGAGAUAUUGGCCAAAAUAUCAAGGCUUUGAUGAAUGAUUAUCAGAAGAAGGCGCAGACUCAUCAGAAAUUAGAAUCCAUUAGCGAUAUGAAAAGAUUUGUCGACCAAUAUCCUCAAUUCAAGAAAAUAUCUGGUAAGCUUGGAAUGGUGAAUGGAAUGAGCUUUAGGUACGGUAACAAAACAUGUACAAAUCGUUGGCGAGUUGAGUCGACUGGUGGCGGCGGAGAACUUACUUGAGAUAUCCGAGCUGGAACAAAGUUUGGUGGCGACCGGAGAUCAUUCUUCUCAUUUACAGCAGCUGAAAACACUUCUGGAAAAUCCCAAGACAUCUGAUUUGGUGGGGUAUAGUUUGUUUUCUUUAUUUUAUUCUUUAGAAUGCAUUACGUCUUGUCAUGUUAUAUCAACUUCGAUAUGAGAACAUCCAGAAUUCAAUGGAAUCUUUAACUAACUUGUUGAAGAAAAGAGGUGCGUCAGCUAAGGAGAUUGCAUCAAUCAGGACACUUGUUAAUUUUGCCGGCCUAAAGAAAAGACAAAAUGAUCUUUUUGGAGACCAAAGUGCCAUGGAGAUGACCAAGAAAUUCAUCAAAGGAUUGAAAGGCGUAGAGAAUGUUUUCACCCAGCAUGAACCAUUGAUUUGUCGACUAAUCGAGGGAAUCGCGAGAGAAAGGUUGUCUGAACAGAAGUACCCGGUGGUUGAGACGACCCGACAAGGGUAAUUACGACAGCAGUCCCAGUUACCUCGUAUUUUAUUUACAGAAAUCGGUCGGAAAAUAUCGUUGUAUUUAUAAUCGGUGGAACAACCUAUGAAGAAUCGACGGCCGUGCAUAAUCUUAAUAUGAAGAGGUUACAAACUUCUCAUCCUCGUGUUCUGUUGGCUUCAAACUAUGUUCAUAAUACCAAGAGUUAUAUGGAUCAGUUGUUCAAUUUGACAGGACACUUGUGA